AUGCGUGCCACUGUUGCUCUGCGAAGCGUCGCUCGGACUCCCCUGAUCCGCUUUGUCGGUCGGCGUUCUGUGCCUCAAUCCAUUGAUCACACUCCUCGCCCUCACCCUGCUUCUCCCUCGGGCGUUCUUCCCGACUCUUUCGCUGCCUACCGCUCCAAGGCUCAGCAGCACGGCCCUCUCGGUCGCGCUUCUUUCUCUCAGGGAUCCGUCGGCCGCUCAGCUGGAGCUUCUCUCGGCCCUGUUCAGCCCAACCAAGGCGAAUUCUUCGAUCGUGCUGAGCUUCCCGCCAGAUUCCACCGUCUCCCAUGGACUGAAGCUGAGAUUGAGGCCAUUGAGACUGGCGGUGCGAGCCUUUAUGCUUAA